CUCAGAUAGCGAUCAGCAGUUGGCUCUGGCUGGACAGCUGAGCCCGAGCGCUCCUUACGCGGGGAUGUACCUUGUGGCAGCGUGGCGCUGACUUCUGGAAAGAUGUUAUUGUACUCGAGUUGUGCCCCCUGGUUGACAUACUUUAAAAGAAAUUUAGAAUUAAUCUUGUAGGAAAUAGAUGAAUGUUUAGUGACAAUUUCAAGUCUAAAAAGUGGUGCUGUUCUCCUGCAGGACAAGGAGCUGCCUGGAGGACAUGCUUUUACCUGGUGGGACUCCAGCUUUUAACUGACAGGCGCACGGCGUAGGCUGCCUGGAGGAGAUAGGCAGAAUGAGACGAGGGGGAAAGGAAAACGACUCGGGCAUCACGUUACCGUUUGUGCCGACGGCGUGAUUUCCACCCUGCACCAUGGAGAAGUUCAAUAGACUCAUCUUCAUCCCCGUUGCGGCGGUGCUCUUCUUAAUGAUCGGCUACCAGUACGUGUGCCCGGCGGACAGCAACACCUGCUACUUCAGAAGUGACGACAAAGGGCUUUUCCAGCGGUAUUCAUCCAGCUUUGAGUUCGUCUACACGGAGCCGGAGGCGGAUGAGGACCUUCCCUCCAGAAUCAGAUCCAAAUUUAACUUAACGAAGCCGGACCUCGAUAGGCACGUCGACUUCAACAUCCGAGGAGACGAUGUGAUGGUCUUCCUCCACAUUCAGAAGACAGGCGGGACGACGUUUGGGCGGCACCUGGUCAAGAAUAUCCAGCUGGAGCAGCCCUGUGACUGCAUGUCCGGCCAGAGGAAAUGCACCUGCCACCGGCCCGGUAAAGCCGAGUCAUGGCUCUUCUCUCGGUUCUCCACGGGGUGGAGUUGCGGGUUGCACGCGGACUGGACCGAGCUCACGAGCUGUGUUCCCGUAGUGAUGAACAAGAGAGACAAGAAGAGCUCCCAGAGGAGCAAAAGGAAUUUCUAUUACAUCACCAUGCUACGAGACCCUGUGUCACGCUACCUCAGUGAAUGGAAGCACGUACAGCGUGGGGCCACUUGGAAAACAGCCCUCCAUAUGUGUGAUGGCCGUCCGCCCACUCAGGACGAGCUCCCUGCUUGCUACAGUGGUGAAGACUGGACAGGCGUGCCCCUGGCAGACUUCAUGAGCUGCCCUUCGAACCUCGCCAACAACCGCCAGGUCCGCAUGCUGGCUGACCUCAGCCUGGUGGGCUGCUACAACAUGUCCUUCAUGAGCGAGCUGGAGCGAGGCCGCCUGCUGCUCGCCAGCGCCAAGGCCAAUCUGCGCAACAUGGCUUUCUACGGCCUGACGGAGUUUCAGCGCAAGACACAGUACCUGUUCGAGCGGACGUUCGGUCUACACUUCAUUCGGGCCUUCACGCAGAUCAACAGCACGCGUGCAGCCAGUGUGGAGCUCACAGAGAAGGUGCGGUGGCGCAUUGAGGUGCUGAACGCCCUCGACAUGGAGCUGUAUGAGUACGCCAAGGAGCUGUUUCUUCGGCGCUACCAGUACAGCCGCCAGAAGCAGCACCAGGAGGCGCGGCUGAGGAGGAGACAGGAGAGGCAGCAGAUGCACAGGACCUAUCUGACUGAGCUGUGGAGGCUAGGAGAAGAGGACGAGAAGGAGGUGGUGAAGGUGCUAGAGGACGUUGCCACUACAGAGGACUACAGCAGCCAGGUGGUGCUGUGGUGAGGAGAAGGCAGGGACUAAAACAGCAGUGCACUAACUGACUGCUGGUUGAUUCGUUGUGCUUUACUCUCCUCCCUCCAGCUCCCUCUGUUUCGCUUCUGCUGUCACUCUGUCAAAACCUCCUGCCUUCAUAGCGCUUUGUUGGACUGCUGAACGGUCUCUUAAUAUUUAUGAUGGAUGUAUUUGCCCUGGCAGCAUUAAGAUUUUGAAUUAGCUUUUUUUUUUAUUAUGGCUCUUUUUGGCACUGCAGUUGUGAGAUGUAUUUAUUUAUUCAUUAGCAAGUGCUUUGAAUGUUCUCAAAGCAGUGAAGAUGUUUCUUAAAAUUUGCAAAGAAUUUGUGGAAUAAUAGAAAUAACAUGCUUCAUGAAGGCCAAGUUUAUUAUAUUUUCACAAUGACAAAGGGUCCUCUGUGUCAUGUUUGUGAUCUAGCACCGUGUUGGUCAGUGAAAUCUUGUAGUUAGUCUAUGGUGUUUGGCUUCAUAAGAAUAUCAGAGCACAAACUAGAAAAUAGUCUGCAGUGUAUUUUCUUUCUUUCUGACUGACUAAGCUGCGAUAUACAGACAUAAUCAAGGCAAUUUCUCACAGGAAAUAUGUUCAAUAAAAAGAUGCAGCAUCCAGCGAUGUAAAUUUGUCGCCGAUGGACUCUCUUUGGUAUGCAUGUGUACAUGCACACGUUCUUGCCUUGCUCCUUUUUCACAGCAUGUUCUCACCAUAAAAAUCUGAAAUCUUCAUGCGGUGUGCCAACUUCUUCUAUACACACACAUACAGACACACUGACACACAUUGAUGAGGCUUGUUUUUUUUGUUUUUUUCAGGGAGAGGAGAGACGCAGGCCUUAAAGGCUGGCUGUCAGACAGCUUCAGCACUCUUACAUCACAGACAGAACAUUGGUAUUUCCACCAUUAGGGCAUUGAUCACAGGCUCUUCGCUUCCAAAUUGAUCAUUUAAAGUUCAAUUGACCAUGACUCUGGCACAGCAGAAAAUAGAAAGCCAGUUGCUUGCACUCUAGUAGAAAAACAGUCUGUUUCAACACAUUUCCACAGACAACAGGCCAUUGAGAUGUUAGGUGGUGGAAUGAAUACUUAAUAUUAAUGUUCUUUUUCUGGACAAUUGCAGCUGUAAUGAGCGCUUCCUGGCCACUCCAAGCAGCCGUUUUGCUCAUGAGAAUGAGGAUGAAGAGGAGAUCAGUCAGGAGGCAGGAAAGAAAGUGUCCACAGACUAAAAUAGCCUUUGCAUCCACAGCUGCAGUCUCUGUACUGUUUGCACAGCAUGUUACAGAGACAGACUUGAAUUAUAUAACCCUCUGAUAACGCUAGAUUUUACUUGGACACCGAAAAGCGACAGACACCUUGAAUGCGGCAUUCACUCCAUCAUGAGAUUGAGUCUAUGUUAUUUGACACAGCUUACUCUUUUUUUUUUUUAUGUGAUCUUGACCAGGAACGGGAGGAGAAUGACAUCUGGUAUUCAGGAAGAAGCAGUUUAGAGGGAGUGAAAGACAAAUAAUGUAAAAGCUUCCUUGAUGGUCUGUGUUGACAGGUAGAAUUUGUUCUGCAGGAUUGUGGUGGAUGAAAAUAAUCAGAUGUUCUGUGUUCCUUUAUUUUCAGUUGCAAAACAUUCUAAUAUUAAUGCCAUCUUCUGCUUCCAACUUUUUGGUCCUUUUGCACUCUGUACAGAAACACAGAGAGCAGCAUGUAGGCUUUCAAAAUGAGGAAUGUGCUGCCUGCCUUGUUAGCUGCACAGACAACUCAGCUAAGUGAUUAGAUACCACAUCAGAGUAUCUCACAGAUCAGUAACUGCAGGAGGUGUUGUUGGGCUGUAAAAUAAUUUUAUCACUGUUGGGAAGACAAACGCAGCAAACCAUGAUGACUUAUAUGGUCUCUUCUUUUUAAAUCAUCUCUAAAAUCUGGUGAACUAAGGAUAUGCAAAACUAUGCAAAUGUGUUAAAUGAUUCAUAGUAAAAACAAAAAGUUGCCUUUCUCAAACAAAAAGGAACAAAGGACUGGUGGAAUAGAAAUUUUAAAAGAUUCCCAUGUUCUUCUGAAUAUUACUUACCUGUAUUAUGAGUGCAAACUGCACUAUAUACACUGUAAAAGCACAGAUUUUAAUAAACUUUUUGUGAUUUUAUGAGCUAGAUGAAAUAAGUUUAUACUAUCAACACAACAGACCAUUGCAGUAAAUGCUGUAGCGUUAUAGCCUAUAAACAUAUUAAUGCCAGGACAACAAGCAUUAAAAUUAAAGUCAGACUUACCGAGGCAACCAGGUCAGCAUCAAGUCUCCAUAUCCGCUGAGGCACUCGCAGGUUUGUCCCUGGUUUGGUGGAGCUGUCUAUGUCAAGAUGUGUUCCCCGGAUUAAAAACUUCAGGUUCAGAUUAAAUUCUCCAUGGGGACACACCAGCACUCAUUGUACCAGUGUUUGGUCUUCUCCAGGGUUGCUUGCCCUCUUCUUGGCUAACAUUAAUUGCACUCACUGGAGGAACUGUGCUAAUAUUAACAUUAGCAUUAACCUCCACAGAGUAAAGUAACAGAGAAACAUUACCUGAGAAGCAGGACUCACACCGGCUGCUUUGCAGUUAACUUAGGUAUUUUUAAAGUUACUUUUAGUCUCUCUUCUUUCUUUUUGAGCCUUGUUGAAUGCUUCUCUCACAUGUGCUAGUCCGCCAUUGCUGUUGAACGUUUUUUUCCCAUUCAGUAGUGGUGGGCAGAUCGAUCUAAAGUAUCGAUAGUAUCGAUGCUGACGUUGGUAUUAGUAUUGAUCAAUACUUGUGUGACGAGAUCAAUACUUAACCCAUGUAGUGGUUAGAAAUAAACCAGAUUCCAGAGGUAAUAUGUAA